AUGAUGACAGCAAUGUCGACUAUGAUACCAAAUAAUUUAAUUUGGACUAAUCUUUCGUCUGAUGAAUCGGUUGAUUAUAAUGAUUUAUUUUCAUCAUUUGAUCUUAUAGAUCCUGAUAAUUAUGAUCAACAAAUUAUAUCGAAUACUCAAUCAAUAUUAUCCUCCCCAUCUCACUUAGAAGAAUUACAAGUAUCAUCAACAGACAUGUCAGAAGCUGAAUGUUUUCAAUCUAAUUUAAUUUGUGGUGUUUGUGGUGCUCCAGCAAAUGGCUAUAAUUUUGACCAAAUCACUUGUGAAUCAUGCAAAGCUUUUUUUCGUCGAAAUGCCCUACGAAAUAUGGCUGAUUUAAAAUGUCGUUUUGCUAGUGCAUGUGUUAUCAAUAUUCAAACACGUCGUCAAUGUACCUAUUGUCGAUUAAAAAAAUGUUUUGAUAUUAAAAUGCGUAAAGAUUGGAUUCGUACGGAAGAAGAAACAAAACUAAGACAAUUACAAAAAUUAAUUAAAGAAGAAAGAAAAUACAAUAGAGUAAAACGUGAUUUACAACCAAUUUUAAAUCUUCCAAUAGUUGUACGAAAGAAAAAACGUCUAAUGAUGAAACAAGUAGUACCUGUUGUUAAUCCAAUAUUUAAUGGAAAAUAUUUUGGAUUUAAUCGAAAUUUAUGUGAUGAAGAUCAUAAUUUAUUAAACAAUAUUACGAAUGCUUAUCAAUUAUCGGCUGCUCCAGGUGAUGCAUUUCGUUUCAAUAAAUAUACAAGAUCUACACCUUUUUGGGAAUUUAUUGAUGGAGAAAGUACAAUACAUACUUCGUUAAUUGAAUUUUAUAAACGUAUACCUGAAUUUAAACAAAUAGAUCUCGAGGAUCAAGUUUUGUUGAUAAAAUCUAAUCUUAUUAAUAUUAUUCAUAUACAUGAUAUUUUCAUACAAAAUUUUAAUGAAAAUCCAAUAACAGGUAUAUUAAUGUCGAAUUGGAUCAGUGAAGACUUUCAUAAUCAAAUGUCUCGAACACGUCGACAUCUCUAUCGUUUUGUAGAAUAUCCCAUAAUAUUAAAACUUGCACUUAUUGUUUUCCUAUUCAGUAUUCAUAGGUGGGAAGAUUAUAAUAAUAAAAUGGCUGUACAAAAAACUUAUGACAUUUAUACUACAUUACUUUGGCGUUAUUUAAAUUAUUUAUUUGAAGAAAGAGAAGCUAUAAAAUCGAUGGAAAUUCUUACUGCACAAAUUCUACAUUUUCAAGUGUUAAUGACUAUGAUGGAAAACAGAGUAAGAGCAGCAGAAACACAAAAUAGAGUAUCUCAUGGAUUAAUGCAAUCUAUAUUUCGAUUAACAUGA